UUUAGUGACGCCGUUGCUAACACUACUUAUAAACAAUACGACAGAACAAUAAAACUUUGAUUUAGGACAGCGCAGGAAAUAAAUUAAUCAUGGACGAACAUCGUACCGGGGAGGAGACCCCGAUGUCUCAGAGGCUCACAAACGAGGAUUUCAGGAAACUCCUUAUGACUCCGAGGGCUACGCCUGCAGCCGGCGCCCACCCCGCUGGCUCAGUGCGCGAGGCCAUGGCCAAUGCUGGGUCCAUGCCACCACCAACAGAAAAUAAAAGUGAGCUUCGACGAAAGAAGAAGUCAUAUUAUGCUGCCUUAAAGAAACAGGAAGAUAAUAAGUUGGCAGAGUUAGCGGAGAAGUAUAGAGACAGAGCUAGGGAGAGGAGAGACGGGUCCAAUGAUAUUGGGCCUACUGACCCCACCAGCAAUACCAGCAGUGCUUACAGAGCUGUAGCCCCAGAUGUUAAGUCGGGAAUGGAUGCCAAGGAAAGAAGAAGACAACUUAUUCAGGAAUCCAAAUAUCUUGGUGGUGACAUGGAGCAUACUCACUUGGUGAAAGGUCUUGAUUAUGCUCUAUUGCAAAAGGUGCGUUCAGAGAUCCAAACUCGUGAGCAGGAGCAGGAGGAAGAGAUGGAGCGGCUCGUGUCGGAGCCGCCGGUUGAGGCAGUCAAGGAAAAGAAGGAGGUCGCCCCGCAAGAAGAAGAAAUCCAAUUCAAAACACAAAUGGGGAAAAAUAUAUACAACAUGGUCACGGAUCAGAAAAACAAGAAGGUGACCCGCAACGAGUUGUUCGCGCCGGGCCGCAUGGCGUAUGUGGUUGAACUAGACGAGGAAGGCACUAUAGACAGCGACAUCCCUACAACGCUGACGCGCAGCAAGGCCGACGUGCCCGAGCCAGACGAGCGCAGCUCGGCCGCCAGCGCCAACGACGUCGUGCUAGAGAAGCUCACGCAGAUAUUCAGCUACCUGCGCCACGGCCGGCACAGGAAACUCAAGAAGACUAAGGACAAGAACGCAGAAAAGGGUCGCAACGAAGACUCGAUAUACGGCGACAUUGGCGACUAUGUCGGCGGCGAGCGACGUGAGCGAGAGAGACGGGACGAGCGGCCGGGGACGGGCUACUUCGACAAACCCGCCGAGCAGGAUAAGGAGGAAGGCCCCGGGCCGAUGCCGCGCCGCGCCGGCCCCAACCCGGAGGAGCGGGACAAGCGCUCCGCGGCGCUGCUGUCGCGGCUCGCGGCCGAGCCCGAGGGCUACGCCGAGUGCUACCCGGGGCUGCGCGAGAUGGACGACGCGAUCGACGACUCCGACGACGAAGUCGACUACACCAAGAUGGACGCCGGCAACAAGAAGGGCCCUAUAGGGCGAUGGGACUUUGACACGCAAGAAGAGUACUCCGCCUAUAUGAGCAGCAAGGAGGCGCUGCCGAAGGCUGCCUUCCAGUACGGUGUGAAGACACAGGACGGACGGAAGACAAGGAAGACCAAGGAUAAGAGCGAGAAGGCAGAGCUCGACCGAGAGUGGCAACAGAUUCAAAAUAUAAUUCAAAAACGCAAGGCGCCUGCGACGGGCGACGAGCCAGGGUACAAGACCCCGAAAUACUAGCAAAGGUUACUGAUUUUUCUUCUAACUGUAGUUUGGAAUGAUACAGUCAUAAGUAUUUGCUUUUUUGACCAAAAUAGAGACCCUUGUGUAUGCCAAAUUAUGCUUAGCAGUUUAUGACCUUAUUUAGUAUAGGUUUAAAGUUUAAAAUGCUUAAGUGCAC